UAUUGCGAUAUAGCCUGUCUUAAAGUCCACGAAGACCGUAAUGGCUGCUUACACGAAGCAUGUUACUCCAGGGCGACAAGGUGCAGCGGGCCCGGACUGACCAGACCCUUAACCACGGAUGAAUAUAUUGGACUUUCCAAACGUCUCUGUCUGAUCAACCCCACUGUCUCUGCUAGUAUAGAUGUCGUGAGAGGCCGCAACGCUCAACUCGUGGGUAAAAUUUCAAACGAACAGUUGGCCGACCACGGCGGCUCUGUCUCCCGCUUCAUGAAGCUCCCCGUGGCGUUCGUUCGUCAUUGGUCAGCUCCAACGUCGAGCUCAUCAUGAUGUGACUAACAACAUGAUCCAAUACUUUGCUGUAUGCUACACCUUCAUCCACCGAGCACAACUAUCCGCCCGAUUAUCCCUUCUGCCGUCCAGGGUUGACAAAGCCAAAUCCACCAUCGACAGGUAAACUUUAUACUUGUCCAAUGCAGGCAUUCUGAAUCAUUGAUGCCUGAAUUUCAUCGACGUGCCAGUGCGGGGCCCCACGUUUAAUGGAUGCCUGGUAUUAACCUGAGCUGUUGAUAAAACAAAUGCAAGAGAACCGCUGAUGACAACGAGGACAAUUGCUUCAUAUUAUCCACAUCCAGCGCCUAUCUUGUAGGUCUCAUCUCGCCUAAAUUAUCUAUCUGUCUGUACAAAAGGAGGAAGGACUAUUUGUUGAUUUGAUGUCUUCGACCCUUCGGUAACAAUUCGAACCUGGGCAUCACCAAAAAUGGGCUUGGUAUCAAACAGGUGCAGCCCCGGCAAUGCCGGCAUACUUCUCAUUCUUCCUCUUCUUCUCCUAUAUACAACACUGCUGAUUCCGCAUGCCGCCGCCGAAUGUCGCUACCAGUCCCCCGCAUUUCCUGCCCCAGACUACUCCCAGCCGAUCCCCGAACUGCAGAAAGCCUUCCGCCAGAUCGAAGCAUCCAUCACCUCCCUUAUUAACAGUCCCAACCACCCCGAAUUCAACAGCUCGUCAUACUCGAUCGAAGUGACCUCUGCCCAGAAGACAUUAUGGACGACCUUUCACACCGCAAUCGACAAGGAUCCAGAGCGACCUGGUGCCGACGUAGUCGACGGGUCCAGCGUGUACCGCAUCGCCAGCAUCACCAAGACCUUUACCGUUCUAGGGAUCUUGCAACAACAGGCCCUUGGGAAUUUACAUCUCGACAAUCCUGUCGUCAAGUACAUUCCGGAACUAGCAGCAACAACACCAACAACACCGGGUAACCAAAACGCAAAAACACCGCAAAUCCAGUGGGAGAACAUCACAUUACGCUCCCUCGCCAGCCAACUCAGCGGCAUUCCGCGUGACUGGGCUCAAGGCGACUUGGUGACUGGUCUACCCGAUCCAACCGUGAUCGGCCUCCCUCCUAUCCCCGUGGAUCAAGCAGGUCUGCCGGCAUGUGCAGCGUCCAGAAAAGAUCCCCAUCACAACUCCGAGUCCCAGUCCCGGCCCACGAAGCACAAGCACAAACCAUGCACAAAAGACGACUUGCUGGCAAAGAUCCGGACCAAACCGCCCCUAUUCGCUCCGAACCAGCAAUCGACAUAUUCCAACAUCGCAUUCGAACUACUCGGUCUCGUGCUGGCCAAUGUGACCGGCGUCAACUACGAAGAUUCCAUCAACCAGACCAUUCUAACCCCGCUAGGAAUGGCAGGCACCUCAUUCAUCAAGCCUGCGGACAAGGUCGCCGUCUUGCCCAGAAAUACCAGCUGGUACUGGGACGUAGACGAGGGCGUCGAGAACCCCACUGGCGGACUGUUCGCGUGCUCGGCAGAUCUGUCUCGAUUCCUACGCCAUGUGUUGAACCAUUACAACAGCCCGGGCAGCAUUACAAAUUCCCUAAAUUGGUUCCAACCGGCUUCGUUCACUGCUACCAUGGGAUCCUUCUACGGUGUGCCAUGGGAGAUAUUUCGGACCAACAAGUCCUUGGAAACCAUGACCGAGUCGUCACAUUCAUCACAAAAGCCGGCGGCUUACCAGGCUACUCGACCAUCAUCAUCUUGGUCCCCGAGUACGAGCUCGGCAUCACCAUCUUGACCGCGGGCAGUGAACCGGCUCUUCUGGAUUUACUCAGAGAAGCCGUGACUGUGCCUUUGAUUCGAGCGGCGGAUGAAGUCGCCAGACGUCAGACGGAGAGUAUUUACGCUGGGACGUACGAGUACACGGAUACUGACAGAAAUGGUAACAACAGCGAUCAUCUCAACUCGUCCUUAACCCUAACCUACUCCACCGCGCACGGCCUCGAAAUCACCCAUUUCAUCUCCAACGGCACCGAUGUCCUAGCUGCCAUCCCGGCGUAUUUUCAUUUAGAUACAAACAACAACAUCUACCAUCUUCAAACUGUGCCUACGACGUUCACCCGAUCCCCACUGGACGACGGAAACGAAGACGAAAACAACGGUGAACGUUGGAGGAUCUUGCUUCUCUCCGAACCCCGACGUGAUCACGACCACGACCAUAAAACCACCACCGCCGGUCACGGUGUGCCAGUGUGGGAUGAUUUCUGCAUCACAAACAUCGACAUGAUGGCCUACGCAGGCAAACCUUUCAACGAACUUGUCUUCCGCAACAAAAUCACCACAGGCACAGAUGGAUCAUCAUCCUUCAAGUUCGGCACUGUGGAACUGACCGGAUUUCGUGUCUCUUUGGAUCGAGUCGAGAAGGAAUCAGAGCCUGGGCCGGCCUUGACCGAUGACGACGUCAACACAGCAGCUUAUGUAACUGGCAGUUGGGAAACCAGCCAAGAGCAAUUCACACACGACUUGUAAAUAGGCACAGUAUGUAAGGUUGUAAAGAAGAGUUGAGCACGUUGCACGAAUGUCAGUGGUCAACAGCUAGGCUACAAACUCAAAGACAACACACAAAGGCUAAUGCCAUUGCUACCCGGCCACUGGCAGUCUGGACAACAGUGGACAAGAAUAAUUUCAAUGUUACUAGUAGCCUGUCUAAUGUGUUGCAAGGGAAUGCCGUGCCGGAAACCACUUCGACGAGUUACAUCUUGACCAUCCAUCAUCGCAACCUUGACCUAGAAGUCAUUUUGCGUGGUUUCAUUCUGUCAAUUACAGCCCCGGUCUAUUCUAUUCUCAAGCUCAUUUAAAACCAUUGCUUCGCGAUUCUCUGGUUUGCAUGUGGAGUCAGUCAUACUCAAAACAAAACAUUCGCU